AUUCCCACUUUCCCUGUCCCAUGACUCCCUGCUUUCCCCAUUCCCGUGCCAUUCCCACUCUUCCCAUUCCCGUGACACUUCGCGCGUGUCCCGUUCCCAGCUACAACCCCGACCUGGACUCGGAUCCCUUCGGCGAGGACGGCAGCCUCUGGUCCUUCAAUUACUUCUUCUACAACAAGAGGCUGAAGAGGAUCGUCUUCUUCACCUGCCGCUCCAUCAGUGGCUACGCCUACACCCGCCCGGACACCGGGAACGAGCUGGACAUGGACCUGGGCGAGGGGGACACCGAGAAGGGCGACAGCGGCGACCCCGAGGGCGGCGGCAUCGAGGAGGACAGGCCACAGGUGAUGUGCAUGUGAGAUUCCCGGCUGGAUCCGAGAAACCGGGAACGGAACCGGCAACGGGAACAGAACCAGCAAUGGGACUGGAAAUGGACUGGGAAAGAAACCAGCACUGGGAACGGGACCGGGAACGGAACCAGGACCGGAACGGGGACUGGGAACGGAACCGGGACUGGGAAGCACACCAGCACCGGGACUGGAACCGGGACGAGAACCAGGACUGGGAACCAAACCAGCACCGGGAACGGAACCGGGAAUGGGAACGGAACCAGGAACAGAAUUGGCACUGGGAAUGGAACUGGGAAUGGAACCAGCACUGAGAACAGAACCAGGACUGGGAACAGAACCAGGACCAGAACUGGGACUGGGAAUGGAACCAGGACUGGGAACGGGGCUGGGAAUGGAACCAGGACCAGAACCAGGACUGGGAACGGAACCAGGACCGGAACCGGGACUGGGAAUGGAACCAGAACUGGGAACAGAACUGGGAAUGGAACCAGAACUGGGAACACAACCAGGACCGUAACCAGCACUGGGAACGGAACCAGUACCAGGAAAGGAACUGGGAAUGGAAACAGAACUGGGAGUGGAACCAG